ACUCAACUCCAGCAGGAAUGAUGGUCCACAGCUCACCGCUUGAAAAAGCCAAAACCUUGACAAGGCAGGUUUUGGGAUCUGAUAACAAUUACACAUCAUUGCCGAGCAAGGACUCCAGUAAUAAUGUUUCGGUUUGCUACCAAGAGGGUGUCUUAACAGCCGACAAAUUUAAGAGCUCAGGCUUAGAGAAACCGCAAUGUCAACAACGUCGCCUGUCAGAUGAAGGCAUCACAUCGAGACGAGGCCGGUGGUCAAGCCCGUCAAGUCCUGUGGUCCGGCAGAGAGACUACUCGUCGUCGUCCAGGUCAAAUCCAAGGGCCCAGAACUCCUCUGGUGUCAACCCUUCAGGGGCACCACCCUACAGCCCUGACAAAAUAAUCAGUCCGAGUUUCAAGCGGAGAACAUUUGCUACAUUGCCCUCUCAAGCCGGUCACCAACCAAGAGAGAACAUGUCUUGUCCUACAACUCCGUCAACUCCCCGUCGAUACUUCUUCCCAUCAACAUCGAACUCUCUUCAUCAGCAUAAAAGGCUGCAACAUUCAGAACAGCCUUUUGCGAGCGAUGAUCAGAAACAUAGAGUUCAAGGUGAAAAUGUCUUUCCCAAGUCAGAGGGGAAGGUAAUAAUGGUUACGGAAACAUGUCAGAGCUCAGGAGAUCUGUUCAACUUACAAAAGCCACCGAGGGAAGAAUACCAUCACCGUCGCAUAAGAAGCACAGACAGCCAGCCGUCCACGGAACACAUUUCUCAUCAAUCUAUUGUGAAAGAACCAAUUUCUAGACAAAACAGUGGUAAGCAUGGAAGAGAAGAUGGGAGGCCACAUGGUCCGAUAUUCCCAGUGUGGAAUGAAAGGCCUAAUUUAAAUUUAGAACGGAUUCAGCUGCCUAUUAAGGAAAAUCCACAAAUGAGCCAAGACCGCGCACAUGUCUCAAAGUCAGUGAAGCACCACCCUGUUGACCAUCCACAAAGAAACACUCAGGUUGCUACUAGAGAGGAGCAAGUGAACACUAACCAAAGCAAGGAAAAUAGAAGCAACAAGCACGCCAACAUUCUACCCCAAAACUUGCACGCCUCCCUGAGAUGCCUCUUCAAAAAAGCAAAGCCGGUCAACAUGUCCACACCCUCUACUCCUGAAAUGAAUAGGAGGGUUAUGCCCACGACGAAGGACAACCAGAGGAUGCCUCCCGGCACCCCUGCCAGGCUAUCGAAUGCAAGGCUCACGUGCAGCCGCUCCUUGGUCGAUCUGACCAGCGCUCAGCCAGGUAACGGCGCUGUGUCACCACCUGCCCCAGCGUCUGGAAGCUCAAGUCCGACCGCUGCACGAGGACAAGUGAUCGAUGUCAACCCAGGCAGCCGGGGCAUGUCGGAAGUGGAGCAGAUGAACAUGGCCAUCAGGUUGUCGUUGCAAGUGCGCAACGAUCCGCUCAGUCCACAGAAUCAAGUUGCGAUGAGAAGUUCAUCGACAACCCAGGACAUUUCCUCCGAGCCGGACUCAACACAGCUCGUCUCGUUUGGGUCCGAGCCCAUCGACGACGGCUUCUACGACAGCGCGCUGCACUCCGAGUGCAUCGUGUGCAUGAGCCGCCCCGCGAACGCCGUCAUCUACACCUGUGGACACCUGUGCAUGUGCCACAGCUGUGCCGUGGGCAUUAAGGCCUCCCAGUCGCCCAAGUGCCCCAUGUGCAGGGCUCACAUCAAGGACGUGAUUCGUGUUUACACGUCGUAGCACUUCGAGCAUGGAGCGUGUCAAUCGCUUGUGGGCACUCAUCUUCGUGUGCCGUGCUGGCCUUUAUACGUGCUCGCUAACAGCACUUGCCCCAACAGUAUGUCAAGGCUAUAAUUUGGGUUUUUGUAUUAAGUUCAAGUUCAUUUAUUAGGUAUUGCCCUGUGAGCCAUUCGGCUCUUGAAUCGGGUGCAACCGCAACAAACAAAAAACAAAAACAUGAACAAGAAAACAUCUUAAAGUGACUAUGUGCAAACAGAAAAUCCAAGAAAAGGCAGCUAAAUAUUGCAGAAAAAUCACCGUGGUUAGCACGCUGCACGACUGAACCUGUCCCCCCGAGUUCGAUUCCUGCUCACGGCCAACACCAGUGACGAUUAUCUGAACCGGUCCUGGGCCUUCCUGAGGUCGACUCAGCCUCAAAUGAGUACCUGGUGCGGUGUGUAAACAACGCCACUGGGGAGACAAAGGCGGCCGGGCGUGGUGGUGGCCGCCCACCCCCUUGGUGUGCCAUUGCAGCUUGCAUAGGUGCUCGCUAAGAGCACUUGGCACAACAGUUUGUUAAGGAGAUAAGGGUGGUCUUUGUAUGUGUAAUCAGUGCUCACGAACAACGAUUGCCUUAACAGUAUAUGAAAGCUGUUCGGUUGUUUAGAAUAUUGGAAAUGGAAGAUCUCAUUUUGAAACCCCAAGGCAUUUUAACUACAGUAAGACUGCAAGCUAGCAAUUAGCCAAUUUAAUAAUACUCGUUAUCAUGAACAAGAAACUUUAGUUUUUAUUUCAAAAAGAGGUUGGCCGUAUACUUGUUUUUUUAAAAGAACACGGUCAUUUAAAAAAAAUAGACAAAAGCCAGCUGCAUAUGUUGGAUAGUUGAACACUCACAUUUGAUAAGCAUGUUGGUAUGUUUUAAACAUACACAGACAAUUACCCCGGGUCUUAUGAAUUCAAACAUUUACUUUAUUCCUUUAUGGACAAGUCACACUCUCUAGCGAAGAAACUAAAGCUUUAUUUUAAAACACACGACACAUGUAGUCCUAAAUAAAAUCAGCGGUCACAUAGUAUGUAAAUUAACGAGGCUUUUACCAGAGAAACCGUAUCCUCUUAAACUAAAAUCAUAACAGCAAAAGAGCUGCAUUAAACUUCAAUGUAAGCACAUUAUAACAUUAACAACAUAACAUUUCCUGAAUUACCUUUUAACUCAGGAUGUAAAAUUAGUAGAUAGUAUUUUAAUCUUCUUAGUAGUCUUAUAAAGUAAUAACAGUACUGUACUUACAAUGCUGUGGUGUCCAAAAAGGGGUUCCAUUUUUACACAAAGAACUUAUCGGGAAGUUUAGGUUUUGAUUUUGAAACAUCAUCUGGGGGAUCUGAUGAAACCUCGUUUUAAUGAUAUGAAGUGUUGGGUCUAAACCAUGUGGCACACGUAGAGUUGAGCAGAAAUUUUUGGGACAAUUAAUGGGCAGAUGCAGUGUGACCAUUUAGAUAUAUCGUACACUCAACUGAAAUAUAAAUGACUUAUGUACAUGAAUUUGAUAUGUGAUCAACAAUAGGUUUUUUUUUCUCGAAAGCUUGUUGUCAUUUGAUUGCAUGGUACGCUGCACCUGCCGAAUUCUGAACCUUUAAGAAAUGCUUGGCACCGUUCUUUUCGGAAGCUAUACAAAUACUGUGUAUGCAACAAUACGUGGAAAGGAAGUUGUACUACUGUAAUUUGUAAGCUUGUUUUGAUGCUGCCAUUAUUUACGAAUGUUUUUACUACAUACCCACUGCGUUGCUGCUAAGUGUUAUUCCAGUGUAAGUGUAAAGUAUUGGAAAAAUAAAGAGCUGGUAUAUUUCUACCCUUGCGCCUGUUUUUAAAACUCCAACAUUGAAAUGUGUUGAGCAACACUAAUACUGUAUAUUCAUUGUACAUGAUUUCUGAGAGGAGAGCGCACCGUUCAAGCCACAUGAGAAAUUAUUUUUUUAAAUGCUUUAAUGACAAAUGGGGUAUCAUAUAAACGUCAAAGUAUUUUGGACAAUUACAUCGGCCGGUUUAUAUUCAAUCUCAAAAUAAACUAAAAAGUAAGUUUAAAUGAAUUGAUAUUGCUUGGUAUUGCAUCUUUAUAAACCAUGGUACAUGGCUUCCUUUAUAGCAGACUUACAAUCCUGAGGUGUCUCCUUCAAUCAUUCUGGUAUGUUUAUAAACUUGAAACGACAUACAGAGAAUUAGAAAGCCAGAGGGAAGGCAUUUCCAACACCCAUUCGAUACAAAUUUAUACACACUCCUAAAUAAUAAUUCAUAAUUAUUGCUCUAUUAAAAAAAAUCUUAUCGGCAUGAGACACUUAAUUGGCAUAGGAAAUGCUUAGCUUACAGUAUUACGCCCCCCAUCCAUGGCAAAGAAUGAAAACCGCGAACAUAGGACCAUUUGGCGUGAAGAGGAACUGAGUUGUGCAAACUGCUGAGUGCACUGUAGGAAGAGAGGCAGUCGCGAACAAAGUGUCAAAGCGAAAACACUCGGAGGUUGCUGCCUAUACAUCAACAGGGGCAGCAGAAGCACGUCCAUCAGAAGAUACUUGGUGGUGGUGUUGGUGUGUGUGUGUGCGCGUUGAUAUCAAUUUAUUAUGUCUGCACGACAGCCGAAAAACAAGAACGUUCAAUUGUGGAAGCCCCAAGAUGUGGUUGACUGGUUCCGACAGAACAAGUUGGAAGACUGUGCCUCUGUAGCCCGGAGGAACCAAAUUGACGGGAAAGCUUUGCUGGAUCUUCAUCCAAGUGUCCUCCAAAUGUUCCCAGAAAGAUCACGCAUGAAGGUGCAAAUUCUCAGUAAAACACUUGGUGAGCAACCAAGAACACCUUGGAACAAAUUUAGCAGUUCAAAAUUGGUGCCAAAUCCUCCAGACAAAGAUUACACAGCACAGCCUCCAGCCCAAACAGGAGAUGGUUGGUCUGAAAAUGAAUUUGACACUGAAGAUGAUGAAGAUGAUGACUAUGAAGAACCUGACGCAGACCCAAAUAUACCUCCGUCUGCUCAGGCUACACGAGUGUCUCUUUGUCCGGAGCCCUCGCAGCCAAGCAGCGAGGAUGACAGCUACGAGGAGCCCGAUGUGGAAGGACCCGAUUACGACGAUCCGUCGAAGCUGGAGGAUGACUACGAGCAGACCCCGUGCGAGAAACAGAAGUAUCCCCCCAUCAUGGCAACAUCCAUCGGUGGCGGCGGCGACGACGAUGACAAAGACUACAUCGAUAAAGACUCCAUAUCGAUUAAUAGCAGCAAAAGCGCCUCCUUGGAACGUCGUAGCAAUGACGGGGAAGAUCAAGAGGACUACGUAGUUCCCGUUGAGAAUGUGCCAAACGAAAGUUGUUUUCUCAAAGGCGAGCCUUCACUGUCAAUGAGGCCAGGAACCAGACCCAAGCCACACGAAAAGCCCACAACCCUAUAUCCAUAUUCGCUGCCACCCAAGCCUGUACCUGAUCGGCUGCCUUCCCUCCACAAGCCGUUCCUCCCUUCCACACCCAAACCUGGUUCAGACAACUCGCAGGCUUUCCUCAAGACCCGUUCCUUGGAAAAAUCUAUCCAACACAACAGCAGCAUCGCAACGAAUCUCAAUCAAACUUUGCCCAAUAGCUUCAAAGUGAGCUCCCCGACUCAUCCAAAACUCUCUUCCGCCAGAGCCCAUCCUCUGCACCUCAACGCGAACAUUCCAGCAACCGUCCCUCGACCCAAACCAACUCCCAACAUGAUCUCUGCACCACACAUGACAGCUACCCACCUGGGGGGCGCUCCCAAGUGCCCCCCAAAGCCAAGCUUCAACGCAGACGCUCCACCGUCGCAAGCCAUCCCAGGCGGGAGUGGCCCUCCCCCUCCCUUCGGACGCAAGGUUAACAAUGGCCACGGGGGCUUUUCGUUACCCAUCCCUGAGAAACCGCUCAAACCGAAGGGUUACCCGACCACAGCGCAUGCCACCAUGCAUGCGCCACCACCCGUCCAGACUGGCCACAGGAGCCAGCAGCGUAAGGUCUCACACGAGGGUUUCGCGCAGCCAGUGUUCCCGCCGCGGCCCCAGCACACGUCUCACCAAGAGGGCGCCUGCAGGGACUCAGAGUCAGACAAUGAUGAUUAUGAGAUCCCCAAUGAAGAAGAGCAGAAGGAGAUUCCACAAAAGAUCAACGAUCACAUGAACAGGUAUCCACACCCAACCCCACCCCCACCAUCCAGGCCUGCCCCCCUCGGGCCCCCACCUGUGGACAGAGUGUCUAAACCAAACGCUGCCGGCCGUUCUCUCAUCAUGAACAAGGAGAUCCUAUCCGAGAUUAGCGCAAUGCCCAGGUCCCCAUUAUUGCCCCAGUCUUCAAGGAAACCGAGUCUGCUUUCAGGGAACCAGGCAGGCCACAAACCACACGUGUCCCCUGGCUCCAUCAAGAGAUCAGAGGAAGACCAAAGAAUGUUUGCAGGUGACACCAGCACCAAACAAAGUUUGGGACACAGCUCCUCAUUCUCAAGCCGUGGAGGAGGAACAGCAGUUGGAGGCCUCUCUCCAUCUCCGUGCUCCAUACCACCCGAAAUAAACAAUUGUGACCGAAAGACUGCAGAAGCCAUGGAUGGGGCGUUCAUGGUGAGGACAAGUUCCAAGGACAAAACAAACCAGCCGUACACGCUCGUCAUUUACUACGAAGAGAAAAUAUUCAACAUUCCCAUUCGAUACUUGGAAAAGUAUAAUAAAUAUGCAUUGGGUACAGAAAAGGCCAAAGAAGAGAAAUUUGACAGCAUUCUGGAUAUCAUUGAACAUUACAAGAAACUGCCACUGCUUCUCAUCGGGGGACAGCAUGGCAUCAAGAAGUCAACACUUCUAAUUCAUCAGGUCAGGAUCUGAAGAUUAUCCAGGAUGCUGAGAAUGUGCUUGCCACACCUUCAUUAUCGACUGGCCUUAUGACCAAAUGCAUCUUAUUCGAUAAAUAAGGACACCACCUGCCUCGCCCAAGCUAUGCAAGUUCGUUUACAUGCAUUACGGAAGGCCAAGUCGAACACCAAUUGCAAUGAAACGAAUGCAAGUCUCGGUCAGAUGCCAUGAAUUUAUCAUGCAUAUACUUACCGCACGUGUGCCCACUCCAUUUCAUAGUAAACUAAACGUUUACUGUUGAUAUUAAGCAUCUGACCAAUUUCAAUCUCUUACUUACUUUUUUACUCACACCGAGGUUUAAAAGUCUUUGCUUUGAGAUUAACCUCUAUAAGAGAUAUAUUGUGCAUUACUACCAAUAAUUUGUACCAUUGCACUGUAUAGCGUUGUAUGUAUAGCUCGAUAAUUAAUGUUUCGUGCGAGUAGUUGGCAUCAUUCUGUCUCCAGCAGACUUAUUCCAGAGCAAAAUGUAUUAAGUUGCUCAAUCUGUGUACAGAGCAUCUGUGCAGAGACGAUAUAUAAGAGUUACAGGAUGGCAAUGGACAUCAAAUAUAUUUAGCUAUUUUCUUCAAACAUUUAUAUUACGGAGUGGACAGCCAGGGAGAUUUUGUGGUAAUGUGAGUUUAAAAGAGUAAUGUUUACGACUAAAACAUCACAGUACAUUCUGUAGUACAUGUGGCUUAAGAGCAAAUUCCCACAAUGUCAGAGAAGUGAAUGUGUACCUCUGAGAGAACAGGGUUUUGCACCCUCAGGCUGAUAAAAAGAAAAUAAGUAUAACGAAAUAAAUCAUAAGCAUAUUUGUUCUGACAUACAUUGUCUAAUGAAUAAUUAUCUUGCACAUAAGCAAUGGUUUAAACCUCGGCAUAGAUUUUUGUAGUUGUGCUGUACAGCUCUCCAAUGUCUUUUGGAUAUAUGAUAAGCAAUUCCGCUUGAUAUCCAAUGCCUCGCUCAUCCACGUGCUCGGAGCUUUUUCAGAAACGUAAGCUGCUUCGUUCAGUUCUUGAAGGAGCUCCCAGUAGGCGGAAUGAAACAUCAUUCAUCACUCCGAAACGACACGCGGUACACGACCCCCCAAAAACACAUCGGAGAGUGAUUCAUUUCCUGCGGGGGCCCGAAUGCCCGACUGUCUGCUAUGAAAGAGCAACAACGUCUUGCUGCUGUGUGGUGGAUUCAAUUUCCAAUAUCUGUAAAUGACGAGAAACCCCAUCACAACGGAAUACAUUGGAUGUUAAAGAGCAUAUAUACACGAGGCUGUGACAUUUGCAAGAGUCGUGGUGUUACCGCAUAAAUCUCAACAUUUUCGUCCAAACUAAUCCACACCGCGUGUUUGCACGACAUUGAAUCGAAUACAAAUCAUGCCAAGUGUGGUUUGAUUUGUGACCUUUCACCAGUCAAUGGAAGUAAACGUAAAUGUCUAAACUUGCAUGCUAACAAUGAGAAACAGGUUGGUUUUCCUUUAGCAUAACAAAUACCGCGUGACAUGUUAAGUAAAGCGCUCUAUUGACAAAUUAGCACUAAGUGAUAACGCUUUGUUUUUUGUCAACUGACACGUUGUAUUCUGGGCAGCCCACAUUAAUCGCUUAACAAAAAAUAAAAUACCAUGUUACCGGUAACUAGCAUUGACCAAACAUCUGAAUGCUGAAAUAUGACCUGCAAACCACUCAGAUGGGAUCACGUACAGCAGCAGCAAGAUCGGCACUAUUCGAACACUUGGCAGGACCCUCCUGAAAAGAGUCUUGAGACUCAGUGAGGCUUUUCUGGGAUAUCCAACAUAAUUUCCAGAUCUGCUAACGUCACUCGUACUUGUCAGUGGUUUCAAAACAACCGUUACUACUCCGAUAUGAUGCAUUACUGCAUGGAUAACAAGAGAUGCGAAGGAAUUGUCAUUUAAGAAAUAUAAAAAUGAACAGUAAUUACAAUGAGUCAGCAGCCUCAUGCCUAAAACUGAGGUGCAAAACGAUCUUUGAUGCUAUUCUUUGGGUCUUUCGGUAAAGUCACGUAGAACAUUUUUUUUU